AUGCGUCCACGACUAAUCGUCGUGGACCUGCACAAUACUGUCCCAUUAACCAGUUUUCUCUUUUCAACGUCUAAUCUCUUUGAUUUCAGAUCGCGUGGAUCGGGGACGGUGGAUCACAGCGGAGGAAUGGACAGUGUUGCGGAUUCGCCGACGAGUCGCGUGAGCUUCGAAGAACUUCUGAGCGAUCGUCGAAGCAAUCUGACAGGUUAUCAUUCUCUUGCAUAA